AUGGCGGACGGAGCAACAAGCACUGAUAAGAAUGGGAUCGAAAAGAUCAACGAGAGUAUGGCCAAGAUCGGCUCGAUGCUCGGCAUUCAAAAAGUGCAGAGUAACGACAGCAGUUUUGCCGACUCCAAAAAAGAUAGUCUGCUCGCACAACAAGACGGUCCACCUGCUGUCAUAAGUACAGAAUCGCAAGGUUUGCAGCGCAUGAACUCUGCCGAAGGUCAAGUAAUUACUCCACCCAACAACCACAACGCUGAAAUGCCUAGUUCUGACAACUCUAUGAAGACCGAUCUCACUGGAUCUACCAAGCCUACGAUGCCUGGACCAACGAAGACUCCUGCAGGCCAUGCGCUGGCUUCGGUUGCCGCUGGUGUGGACAAUACCGUGCACAAGAUGAACAAGUCCUUUCGCAAGAUCAAGGAGUCCAUGGAGCAAGCGGUUGAAGGCGCAUUCAAGGCCGAGGAAGGAACUUGCAAGAUGGAUAACGCGGGCACUACCUGCCGCUCAGAAAGGGGAGAUGGAGCCACUGACAAUGCCACGGCCGUAACACCCAUUACGCAGUAUGUUAACAUUGACAAAAUGUCCUCGCCAUUGCCGCGAAGGAUGCCCAAGUGGGCUUACAUUGCUGGCAUUGCUCUCUUGGCGGUCGUGGUGGCUAUUGGUAUCACCAUGUCUGUCCCUGGAUCAAAGUUGAACCGAUGGUUCACCAACAUCAACGACGACAUUGCAGCCGCAGCCGAUGAGAAUGUUACCGUCGCCUUUAUUGGAAACUCCUACCUCUACGUCAAUGACGUUCCACGUGUGAUGGAGUGCAUCAGCCAAGGUCGCGUCGCACAAGAGUCGGUCAUUAACACUGGUGCUGGUUUGGGAUCUCUCUUGAAGCAAGGAAACGGUAUGUCUCAGCUCUGGCAAACUCAAGGCGCACUUGACUUUUGGGGCACUUGGGACUUCAAGGCAAUGAUGCAGUUGUACGACAUUGAAGUUGACGAAGACUACCAGCUCUUUGAUUACGGAAUGUGCACUGUCCCACAGCUAUUGGAAGGCUACGAUAACUACUUGUCCUACAGGAACCAAAAUGGAAUCUACUUUGACGUUGGAACCAACCCCUGCUUUGAAGAUCAGUUCUACAUGACCAUUGUGGGGCACAAGCAUGACAAGGAACCAUUGUACUUUGACUAUGUGGUCCUCAACGAUCAGACUCGUCGUAUGGCAAGCGAAGAAGGCCGCGGAGACUCCAUUGAUGCCUUGGUUCAAGCUUACGCUCCGCUGCUCAAGAACUCUCGAGCCAUUCCUAUCAUUAUUGACACCCACGCCUUUGUCUUUGAUAACGAAGUCAAUGUUAACGAAAUGUACUACCAACAGGUCUACGGCCAAGAAGGCGAAGAUGAAGAGGAAGUGGAGGAGGAAGACAUGGAGGCCGAACAAGACUACGCAAACAACUAUAACUACUACGCUGCGGAUGAGGGCGGGGAUGCAAACGGAACCAUGAUGGAACAAGGGGACUACGAGAUUGAUAUUUCGGCAGAUAUUCCAGCCUUCCAAGCCGCCAUCUACGAAGGACUCUUUGAGUAUGUUGAAGCCUUGAAGUACUACCUUCCUUCCAAGCAAAUGCCCAAGAUUGCCCGCAUUGGUUUGGCCUACCUCGCCAUCUACGAUGAUAACAAGAACAUGUACCAGAAGCUCUUUGCGGAAGAUGGCAUUCACGCGUCUCAAUCUGGAACUUACCUGUUUGCUUGCGUCCUUUACUGCACUAUCUACGGCCACUUGCCACUGCAACCUCAUGAUGACUUUGACAUUCGAUCAGUCUUCUUCAAGUCACGGUCCACGUUUGGCAACAGCACUGCACCGAGCAUGAGCGACGUUAGCUACCUGAGAUACUGGGCACGAAAGGUGGCUGUGGAUGGGUACAUUCCCAAAUCCAUGGUCAUGCCAACCUAUGAACUGGAGAGCGAAGAAUCGAGGGACGCUGACUGGUGGAACCGAACUGUCUAUUGCGAUGAAGUUGAAGACCAACAGAACAACAAUGGCCAACAGAAUAACAACGGCCAACGACGCCGUCACCUUGAACAAGAUGGAGACGUUGAUGAAGAGCAGGAGGCAGAGGUUGAAUGCGUGGAGCGCGAGCAAGAAGCAGAUAUGGAUGGAUAUUAG